CAAGAGCUGUACCUGAAGAAGAGCAGCCUAUUGAUUUAAUCAAGAGGAAUUUUGUUUACGGCAACACCAAACAGGAAGUUAACGUGUACAUUAAGGCGUUUACCAACAGCCCGGUUCUAGUCUGUAUGGAUCUGUCUCGUUCUCAAGAAAAGGUGAUAGAUCCCAAGUAUUUGUGGAUUGGUCCAGAUGGAAAAAAAAUAAAAGGGCGAAUGUACAGGAAUCCAACAGAAACCAGAAAGCUGAAGGUGAAGGGGUUUAAGGAGUCCAUGUCUGGAGCCUACACUUGCACUCGUUCUUACAAAAGGAUAGACCCUACGACACAAGAGGAGAGAGAAGAGUUUGAGGCGUAUAGGUUCAGGGUAUACGCAUACAGGGAGGCUGACCACGCGUAUCAGAUAUUUGUUCACUUUACUACAAACGAAUGCGAGCUGGCGGCUAACGACCGCUUCUUUGAGGAACUAAAGAAAAUUGUAAAUAACUUCAUCUCGGACCUGAUGUGUCGAAUCACAGAGUCUUCCUACAAAUGCCGCUCUGUCCAGACACCGACCCAACGCCUCCAGCCCCGGCUGUUUGUUAGUUUUCAAGUUAAUCCUUUUGCACCAGGAUGGGAGGAAGUUUGCCACCAGGUUCUUCACAACUGUGAAGAUGCCACAAACACAAGAGUUGAAGAGGCAAGGAAUCGAAUUGAAGAGUUUUUCAGCAAGUAGACCUACGCUGUGAAGCACGAGUUUCAAACCGUUCCCACGAUACACUACGUGGACAACAGCUUCUCGGCUCUUCAGAUCGACAGCUGUCGGCCGGGCUUUGGGAAAAACAACAGCACCCACCAGGGCUGCGCUGGCUGCUGUGGGGUUUGUGAGCCCAGAACUUACAGUCCCAACAACGAUGUGACCUGCCAGAUCUGCAGCAGACCUCGAGUCCGAAAGGAGGAGGAAGAGCCUCCCCGGGCCAGCCAGCUCAUUGUCCGCAGGCAGAGCGUCUUGGAAGCCGAUACCGGAGAAGGAGGGCAAGCUGCUAAUAUCACUGAUGCCAGCGG